GGAGCACCCCGUGGACUGUUUCGGUCGCCGGCUGGAAAAAAAAAUCCGGCCGCGCAACCGCUGAGGAUCCAAACUCCACACCACCGCCACCAGCGCCGACGCGCAUGCAGUAGCCGGCACAGGAUGGGGGACGCACUGCCGCAGCUUCCGCUUGCCCUCCACCCGCCGCAUCUGAUCCCCCCGGCGCCCACCCCCGAUCACCGCGCUUUAUCCUUCCUCCCCGACCUCGGCGGCCUUCCCUGGGUCGCCUACGCCGCCGGCUCCCUCCUCGUCGUCUCCCACCUCCCUUCCCCUCCCCGUACCAGCGGAAGCUGCACUGCCGAGGACGAAUCCCCAUUCUUCCGCCAAGUCAUCGACCUCCACGCCCCCGUGGCCGCCGUCGCCUGGUGCGGCCGCGGGGGAGGUGAGCUCGCCGCCGCGGCUGGCAACACUGUCUCUAUCUUCCAGCCUGCGCCCUCGUCUUCCGCAGGUUCGUUCAGCUGGCUCCUGAGAUGGGCCAUCACCGAGACUUUCGCAGUCACGGCCGUCGCCUGGACGGGCUCCGGCGAUGGCAUUGUGGCGGUCGGUGGGGCUGUUUCCAUGUGGGCCAGGGCGGAGUCCUCCUGGCAGCUCGCUUGGAGGUCCAUCCCGGAGGUGCCACAGUCUCUCGCCUCCGCUACCCACUUUGUAGAUGGCCCUGUCGUGGCCGCAUCAGCUGCUGCUCCUGCCGCGGGCAAUGUGCCUGUUCUGGUAUUUCUGAAUGAUGCCAAAUUGGGUCUGGAGAAAGCUGAGCUUCCACAUCCACUGCCUGUCUCCAUGAUCCAGUGGAGACCUCGAGUUUUAUGUGUCAACGAUCCUUCUGAAGUGCGGAGAGAGAUCCUCAUGACUUGCUGCUUGGAUGGAACUGCCCGGCUAUGGGCUGAGGAUGAGGUGAUCAGGUCAAACAAGCAGCGUGCUUCGCACAGAUCUUUCAGUGUUGUUGCAGUAAUUGAGUUGAACAACGUUCUAAAUGGAGUUCUUGGAGUUGAUAUAACUAUGAGAUGGGUGGUAGAAACGGGCAGUCUCAUAUUGCGAGACGAAGAAGGUAAGUUCAAGUUGUUUUCAGGCGAUUCUGAGCAGAAUCAGGUCGGCAAAUGUGAGUGGCUAGUAAGCGUUGGUCCUGGGCAUUCUUCCAACUUUUGGGCUGUUCAUUGUCUUGAUGAUGUCUGUCCACCAAGGUACCCACGGAUUACACUAUGGAAACAGAGUAAACCAAAGGCUUGGGAGGAGCAUGCUGUUAACCUGGGUCCCCGCAAACCUAUAUUAUCAUCAAUUUUUGUUGAUGCUAUUAUAUCAAGAAGGAUAUGUUCUGGCCCACCUACAACAUGCUCUUUGCUUCAUUUGCUGCCUGACAAUUCAUUCAUUUGGUCUUGCCUGUCUUUUGGUCUGUCAUCAGUUUCUGGGAGUUAUACUUCGAGUGAUUCUUCUAAGAGUAUUUCAUGUUGUUCAACCAAAACUAUUAAUCAAGAUGGACAUAAGGGUACCAUCAUACAGGUGUCUGUCCAUCCAUAUAGCUGCGAAAUAGAGCUUGCUGUUUCUAUGGAUUCUAGCAGAAUGCUAUUUCUCUGGUCUCUUUCAACCUUAUCAACUCUCAUGCCAACCUUGCACGCACCUACUUAUCCUUUAUGGAAGCUCCUCCACAAAUUUGAUCUGUGUGACAUUUCUGAAGAUGUGCAGUACUCAUGUCUGUCUUGGGCUCCUUCUGUUUUUCGUGAUAACAGGUUUCUUGUCCUGGGAGGUGAAAAUGGAGCCGAUUGUUUUGUUUUCAGAAUUCCAAAAGAAGGUGUUGUUUCACAUCACAAGAUGUUCACAAUUCCUUUCCUUGUAGGGAGUAAUGUAGAAGGGCCACCUGACAGCAUUCAUACCAUACCUUUAGCUUCUAACUGCAACGACCCCUUUUUCAAUAACAGCUUCCUAUUAGUAUGCAUAUGGCGGAAGGGCUUUCAAGCUUUUUCAUGGAAAGUAGUCCUGCAUUCAAAAAAUCAUCAUCCAGAAGGAGGGUGUUUAUGUGGUUUUUCUGCCAGCUCUCUUUCCACUGCAGAUCAAAAGAGACAUGUUACUUACAUCCGCAGUGAAAUGUUUUCAGCUGUCAUUUAUGAAGGUUCUUCGGUUUUCCCUGCUGGCCUGGAUGGAGAAUAUCCUACCUGCAUUUCUGUUAUGUCGCUGAACAAUACUGUAUUACCUCUAAAACAGCAGGACCCUUCUGGAUCUUCCCCAGGUUAUCAUAUUGCUACCGGGUCCUCUGAUGGCACUGUGAAACUUUGGAAGUUUUCUGGUGCAGAUAACCCUUUGCAGACUGGAACAGAGAGCAUCAUCUGGGAACUAGUUGGCAUGUUCGGUGCGCAUCAUGGACCAAUUAGUGCAAUUUCACUAUCCAGAUGUGGUAGAAUUGCUACUGUCGGCAGAGAUGUUCAGAAGAACAGUACCUCCAUUCAUAUUUGGGAAGCAGUAAAACUUAUGCGAGAUGGGUGUUUUCUCCUUGAAGAUGCACUAAUGAUUCAAAGCCCUGUUGUUGGUUUAAAUUGGCUAUCUUUAGGUGAUGGUAGAAUUUUACUUGCAGUCUAUUUUCUUCACGAGUUGCAUAUAUACUCCCAUAAGCACCCUUCCUUUCAGAAUGUGCUGCACAGUGCAAAUUUGAAAGAUAAACAUCUUUGGAGCUGUAUUACAGUAGCCCAUUCUCAUCAUGGUGUUGCUGGCUUCCAUUGGGGGCCAAGGGCGACAAUUGUGCUUGUUCAUAAGAAUCAUCUUUCACUCUUCAGUUCAUGGUUAGUAAGAGGAGGAAAUGAACAUAUUACCCAAAAAGGCGUUUGUUCUGCUACAAAUGUGCAUAAAGAGUUGCCAUGUACUGUGCAUUUUAAUGAAACUAUCUUUGAUACAUUUGGGUUGUCAGAAAAUUACAGCAACAUAGAUACCAUUGAGAACAACAGCACACUGCUAUUAGACCAACACAAUAACCAUUGUUCUAAUCGUUUGUGGAGCUUGUUGGAUAUAUCUGCUAGACUGAGUGGACCUUUGCUAUCAUAUCAUCCAAGAGCACUUAUCCAAUCUCUUUACUCAGGUGAAUGGAAACGCGCAUAUGACAUUCUGCAGCAUCUUGUUCAAUCCAUGAAAGCAAGUAAAAUGCUAAACACUAUGGUGGAGUGCACUUCAUGCAGUAAAUCAUGCCAUGAUAUCCCUGAAUUUCCUUUGUCACAGUACUUUACAGAUACACCAUCAAGUGACAUUUCUAACAAAGGGUUACCGUGGGGUGACAAUAAAAUUAGCACAACAUUUAAUUUGAUGUCACCAUCAAUUUCAUUUUCUUACAUGGAGAGUGAUUUAGGUGUCACUACUUCCAGUGCAUCUCACAUGCCAGAGAUAAAUCAGCUCCUUGAUAAGGACUUCGGCAUAUUUGCAAUAAGUGACAGUGAGAAAAUACAGAUACUUGCAGUUUCUGAUCUUUUGGGUGAAAUUACUGAUCAGAAGCGUGCUUCUCCCUAUAAAAGCCUUGAUGAAGCAGGACGAAGGUUCUGGAUUGCUGUGCAGUUCCAACGCCUGUAUCUGCUUAGGAGAUCUGGAGAUUCAUCUAGUGCUGAAGGGUGCCAUGUUGAUUCAGUCUCCAUUUCAUGGGCCUUCCAAUCUGAUUGUCAGGAUGAUCUUCUCAAUUAUGUUCUUCCAGCAGAAUCAACUUGGUCGGAGAUGCGAAACCUUGGUAUAGGAUUAUGGUAUACCAAUGUGUCCCAGCUAAGGACCAGGAUGGAAAAGUUGGCAAGGUUGCAGUAUCUUAAAAGCAAGGAUCCCAAGGAUUGUGCUCUGCUCUAUAUAGCAUUAAACAGAAUAAAAGUGUUAGUUGGCCUAUUCAAGGUUAGCAGAAAUGAAAAGGAUAAACGUCUCUACGAGUUUCUCUGUAGAAACUUUGAGGAAGAAAAAAACAAAGCCGCUGCUCUUAAAAAUGCGUAUGUAUUACUGGGAAGGCACCAAUGGGAGCUUGCUAUAGCAUUUUUCCUGCUUGGAGGUGAUACUUCCUCAGCCAUCAAUGUUUGUGCGAAGAACCUUCAAGAUGAACAGCUUGCUAUUGUAAUUUGUCGGCUUGUUGAGGGAUCUGGAGGGCCCUUGGAGCGUAACCUCAUUUCGAAUGUGCUGCUCCCUGGUGCAGCUGAGAAAGGAGACCACUGGCUUUCAAGCCUGCUUGAAUGGAUGCUAGGGAACUAUUCUCAGUCAGUCAAAAAAUUAUUUGGCUUCCAUCCCAAGAUACUGUUUGAUGAAUCCAACACUCUUGGUGGUCAAAAUGUGUUUGCAGACCCAGAAUUGGGUCAGUAUUGUGCAAUCCUUGCAACGAAAAAUACUUUCAGAAACUGUGUUGGUGAAGCUCCAUCUGCAAAGUUGUCUAAGCUUUCAUUUGCAAUCGCUGCAUGUGCCUUAAACAAAUGUGGACUACCUCUUGAAGCACUUGAGUACCUGUCUUCUAAAUCAAGCAUAGAUGACAAGGAGAGCACCGGCUCACCAUAUUGUGAAGAUGACAAGAUUCUUGAUGGAAUACUAAACCCUUUCAAUGCUUCUUCUAAUUGGCUUUCAGCAUCUGUCAUUAGCGAUCUUGAAUCAAACCUCAAAGUAACCAUGGCUUCAAAAUAUUUGUCACGCAUGCUGAGAAAUCACUCUCUCUGUUCGAAAUGCAGUCUACCUUUAACGAAAGAUAAGUUCCUUAAAGAGCCCAACAGUCAUGCCAUUGAAGAACUUACACGUGAUGUUACUGCUGCAAUAUCAAUAUUUGGUAAAAGAUUCUCGCUCCAAUUUUCUGAUAUAGCUGAGAAGAUCCUUACCUUCUCUUGUAACGAUGGUUUAUUAUUUCUUGCCUAUGUUCUGUUAGUGGGUAGUAGAUCACCAUAUGGUGGAACUGAUAGUCAUGGUCUUGAAGGUUGCAAUCUCCGUCCGAUCGACUAUCUGUUCUUGGUGUCAUGCAAGGAGAGUUUUAAUUUUCUCACUCGAUAUGUUGUCUCCUGCUGUUUCAUGUGUUCUGUUCUUAAUGUGGAAUUCACCAAUAUUACCACAUGCACACCUACGGAGAACAAGAAAUACAUUAUCGCAACUUUAUCACAUUUCCUGAGCACUAGCAGGCUUCUCCUGAAACAUGACUACAGUAGAACUUCUGCUCUGGAGAACACAUCUAUAUCUACUGUGAUGGAUCUCCUUGAGUACAGCAUAGAGUUCUCUUUUUCUUGGCUAUGUCGUGACAUAAAGGCAUUAAUUAUAAUGAUCAAUCCAGUGUUAGGUGCAUCUGUCAAUGAAGAGUCCUUUCAAGCACUAUUAGAUCGGUUGAUGCAAGCUGCACACUGGAAAAGUCAUGGUAUAUCGAUUAACACAGAGCGGAUAAUGCCAAAUGGUUCAUUGGACAAGAGACAACAAGAAAGUGAGGAUUCAAGUCUCUCAAUUUAUGAAAAGUGGCAUUUGAUAGAUUCUUCCUUGUGGAUUGCAUUGUCAUCCUUCAUGAAACAUCAUUUAACAGAGUUCAUUGGGAAAGAGUCACUUAAACUUGAAGCUAGCACAACUUCAGUUGCUGCAAAUUUUGUUAUUGAUUCCCUGAAUUUUGUAUCAUCUUCACUAGUAAAACUGCAUGCAUCAUUUUUCAGACAGAAAUCAGCGAAGAAUUUACAUCCGAGUGUGCUUUUCUGGUUAGAAUAUAUGUCGUGUCAGCCAAGGUCCAACAGGACUAGCUGCGAAUAUAUCGUUCAGCAUGCAAAUACUGAGAACAUGGAUGUGUUGUUUAAUGUUUUGUGGGACAUAUCUGCUAACCCUGUGGAUAUUUGUACUGCUUUUGUGACUGAAGAAGUGAAUUCCUUUCCGCUAAACAGCAGAAAGCCCAGCAGAUCUUGGAGGGAUAUGGUCAGAAGUACAAAAGCCGAGUGUGGAAACAAUUUUUCUGAAAGAAAUGGAGGAGAAACUAAAUGCAGUGUUAGCUCCAAGAACAAUGAUAAAGAACAGGGAUUUAUUGACAAGGUUUCUCCUGACGUUGAAACCUCUGUUGAACCUAAAAGGAAAUACCUGAUUGAACAAAAUGACUUUCAGAGCCCAAGGGAACUUCUUAGGAGAAAUGGGGAACUUCUUGAGGCAAUAUGUCUCAAUUCAAUCAAUGAGCAACAUGCUGCUAUUGCUACCAACCGAAAGGGUCUUGUUUUCUUCAAUUGGUAUGACAAGCAACAGGGCAAGAAACCGGCAGAGUAUAUUUGGUCAGGAUCUGAUUGGCCAUCAGAUGGUUGGGCUUGUUCUGAAUCUACGCCUACCACUACACCUACUUCAGCUUUUAUUUCACCUAGUGUUGGUCUUAGCAGAAGAAGAGGAUCACAUCUUGGUUCAGAUGGAGCAACUAUUGGUUUAGGUUCUUUAGCAAAACCUGGAAGAGACUUAACUGGUGGUGGAGCAUUUGGAAUUCCAGGCUAUGCUGGUAUUGGGGCCUCUGGGUUUGGGUGGGGUGAACCUGACGAAUUUGAGGAUUUCAUUGAUCCUCCAGCAACACUUGAGAACAUCCAUUCAAGAGCACUAUCGCGGCAUCCCUCUUUGCCUUUGUUGCUAGUUGGGUCAAGCAAUACACAUGUGUAUUUAUGGGAGUUUGGUAAAGAUAGUGCAAGGGCUACAUAUGGUGUUCUCCCUGCCGCUAAUGUUCCACCACCUUAUGCACUUGCUUCCAUAUCAGCUGUUCAAUUUGAUCAUUAUGGGCAGCGGUUUGCCACUGCUGCAUUGGACGGUACAAUUUCUACAUGGCAAGUUGAGGUGGGUGGAAGAAGCAAUGUCCAUCCUACGGAGUCAUCCCUAUGCUUUAACAGCCAUGCCUCGGAUGUUGCAUAUGUUGAUGCAAGCGGAUCCGUUCUUGCUGCAGCUGGAUGCAAUUCAAAUGGUGCAAAUGCUGUUAUCUGGGAUAUGCUAGCUCCACCAGCCACAUGUCAAAAUUCUAUUGUGUGUCAUGAAGGAGGAGCUCGUUCUCUUUCUGUGUUUGAUAAUGAUUUAGGCUGUGGAUCCAUCUCACCGCUGAUUGUAACUGGUGGGAAAAGUGGAGAUGUGGCAUUGCAUGAUUUCCGGUUUAUUUCUACUGGAAAGAGUAAGCAUCACAGAACUUCUGUUGGUGGUAGCUACAGUGGGAUGAUUUGGCAUAUACCAAAGGCUCAUUUAGGAACUGUCACCAGUGUAUCAACCAUUCCGAAUACCACCUUGUUCUUAACUGGAAGCAAAGAUGGAGAUGUGAAGCUUUGGGAUGCUAAAAAUUCCCAGUUGGUCUUCCACUGGCAAAAGAUGCAUGAGCGGCAUACCUUUUUUCAACCAACAUCCAGGGGCUUUGGUGGUGUUGUUAGGGCUGCCGUAACAGAUAUCCAUGUCUUAUCUAAUGGUUUUGUUUCAUGUGGUGGGGAUGGCUCCGUGAAGCUAGUGCAGGUAAAGAAUGAUUUUGCUGCAAUACAUCAGCAUUAGAACAGGCAAGAUAGGGCAUGCGGGCUAGGCAUGGUUUUUGUUGUGUUGAAAGUGCUUGUUGGUUCAAUCUCAUGCUGCAUUGUUUGUUCCGUGAGAUGUCCUACUCUUGUAAAGGAUGACAGAGCAAGGAUUGGACCAUAAUGUAAGAGCUGGCAAAAUCUUAACAGUCUAAUGGGGACUAUUACGUAUCUCAAGUUUGUAUACAGAGGAGUCCUGUACCUGCUUGGAUGGAAGACAUGGCAGCCAGCCUUAUUGUAGUGGGUUACUUUGGUGUUUGUUUUUCUAGCCGGUACUCUUUAUACUUUGCACCAUAGCACCAGACAGUGCAAACAGAAUUCUAUGUACACAAGGCAGCAUGGGCGUCUUGAUUUGUUGACCAGGAUGGACACUCUAGAAGGAAAGCACAGAAGGAAGGAUGUAAAGUUGGAAAGGUAGAAGUAGGGUGACAUCAAACUACAAUUUUUUUUAUGGGUUUGUCACCAUUUUCGGAAGUAGGGUGACAUCCAACUACAAUUUUUUUGAUAGGUUGUUUGUUCGCCCAAUACAGAAGUGCUUAAUACUCUAGCUGAUUCAUGCUAUACCGCCAUGUGGCACCUGGACUUCAGGUCUACUCUGGACGUUUAUGUAUAUGACUGAUACUUCUGUUUUCUUUUUGUUUUUUGUUUUUUUGCUGUGGAAUCGUAUGAUCUAAUGUCACAGGCACCUGAUCCAAUUAUUGUUUAA